AUGGCCAGUCAAGCACAGUCGACGCGACGUGGAGCUCUUAUUGUCGUCGAGGGUCUCGACCGCGCCGGUAAAUCAAGCCAGUGUGAGAUGCUACGAGACUCUCUUUCACAACAAGGAAGCCCUGUCAAAUAUAUUCGAUUCCCAGACAGGACUACGCCCAUCGGGAAAUUGAUUGAUAGCUAUUUACGCGGCUCAUCCCACCAAGACGAUCACUCUAUCCACCUCCUAUUUUCCGCAAACCGCUGGGAAGUUGCAAAGAGCAUCGAAGAUGAGAUUGCAAGCGGGACCACGGUCAUUGUAGACCGCUACUCAUAUUCCGGCGUCGUCUACUCUGCAGCAAAAGCGAACCCCACCCUCUCAUUGGAAUGGGCUUGGCAGCCAGAAAUCGGUCUCCCUCGCCCAGACAUUUGCCUUUUCCUCGGUAUCUCCCCCGAGGAGGCGGCGAAGCGAGGCGGCUUUGGUGUCGAGAGAUAUGAAAAUGAGCCUAUGCAAACGCGAGUGCGACAGCUCUUCAGCACGGUGUUUGAGAGGCAGGAGGACGUUUCGAUCAUCGAUGCUGGAAGGUCCAUCACUGAAGUCGCAUUGCAGAUCCAGGCUACUGUUUCUGAUUGCAUUGAACAUAUGGACGCGACCGCGCCUCUGAGGAAGUUAGAACCUCUUGCUUAG